CCCACAGCAUGUGACCAUGAUAUCACACUGUAGUCAGAAAAAAAAACUUGUGACCAAAGCGACGGCGGCGGCGUCGGUAGGGGCAGCUCGGCGUUUUUUUCUUUUGGUUUUACAAGAUAAAAACUGGACGGCAGCUUUUCCGCAGUCUCCCUUCAGCCUCUUCACCUCCUCCAGACAACAUGGACUGCGGAAUCUUCACGUCCAAGACCGUCCUCCUCUUCCUCAGCUUGAUAUUCUGGGCCGCAGGAGCGGCGUUGGCCUACGUUGGCGCCUAUGUGAUCAAGAGCUAUGACAACUUUGAUGGAUUCAUUCAGGACAAGUACGCGCUGGUCCCAGCGGCUAUCAUCAUCGGCGUCAGCGUGGUGAUGUUCCUUUUCGGUCUGCUGGGAUGCUGUGCUACGAUCCGCGAAUCCAAAUUCGGCCUCAGCUUUUUCUUUAUGAUCAUCAUGGUGAUGUUUGCAGCUGAAGUAGCUGCUUUGGUAUUUAGCUUCAUCUACCAAGGCAAGAUAAACGGAGACCUGGAGCGCUCUAUGAAUGAUGCCUUUGCAAAGUAUGAUGGACAGGGAACUGAGACCAAAGGUGUGGACUACCUGCAGAGUCAGUUGCAGUGCUGUGGAGUUAAAAAUUACACCAGCUGGUCCAACACCACCUGGUUUACCAGCCACAACAACACAGUGCCUCUGUCCUGCUGCAAAAACACCACACAGUGCACUGGCAGACUGGAUCAACCAAACCUGCUUAAUGUAGAGGGUUGUGAGGCCAAGCUGGAGCGCCUCCUACAUGAUGUGUUGGUUUAUGCCAUGCUGGUCAUUCUGGGCUUCGCCAUCAUUAAGUUCUUCGGGAUGCUGAGCGUGUGUGUGAUCACCUGUAAAAAUGGCAGCCGGAGGAGCGGCUACCAGCCUCUCUAUGCCUGAAACACCUUCUGAAACCUUUUACCACCUCCUCAUUUUUUGCAAUUGCAUUUGUACAAAAGCAUUCAAACAUAUACAAGUCUGUGAUUUAUUCAAAUAAUGGCAUGUAAAAUACACACAAAUUUAUCUUAAUUUCCCUCUGGAAAUUUUUAUGAUAGAGUUCUUGAAGUUUCCAUUUUGGGUGAGCUGCCAAAGGUUUCUGUCCUGUCACAACCCAACUAUGCCUGUGUCUUGACACAGCACAAAUAACAACAACAUAAGAAACCAUUUUUUUAGGAAAUGCCAAUCCCUGUUGGAUUUUCUUUCCUGAAAAACAUACUCUUCUAAAUAGGUGUUUGUCUCUAACGCUGUCUGUAAACCUAGUGCGACUGCCAUGACAUUUCAUGAGAGAAAAGGUGACAGAAAAGACUAUUUUUGGGCUUUGACGACUUCUACUUGUAAAUGAUGCUGCGCCUUCUCACUCUGCUGCAUCAUGUAGAUAUUCUUUUAAAGAACAUUACUCUUUGGAAUGUACCAUAAUGAAGGGCUACAAACUAUAUUUUCAGCUUUUUGUGAUUGCAAAGAAAAGUACAGCAUUGUAAUGCCUUAUGUAGGAUUGCAGUAUUUAUAGCCAACUGAGUGGAUGGAUACAGUAUAUAAAUAUAUAAAUAUAUAUAUAUAUAACAGUAUGGUCAGUUAACUGUAUUUAGUUAGGUCACAGUUCUACACAGUUUGACUUGGGUUGUGUUUAUUAUGUUUCUAAAUUAAAGGUGAAUAUUUCCGAAGAAUGUGGAGUUUGGUGCACAUCCCUGUAUCGCCUUCUGUGUUGGAAAAAAAAAACAGUUGUGUCUAAUCCUGUGCUAAAACACCUUUCUAGCCUCUUUUCAAAAAGCAGACCACUGUUACAGAGUGUACAUUCAGAGCAUCACAUUAAACAUGACCCACAGUGGUUAUCUCUCUCUCACCUCCUGACUCUGCUGAUAAAGAGGCCCUUAGUUUGGCACAUACAGAAGAUAGAAGUGUUCGCCUUACAUAAGCCUCAAAAAUAUAAAUGAAAUUAUAAACUCGUGUCCGCGGGCGUCACAGUCAUCAAUCAUCACACAGCACAGAUUAUUAGGUCGCCCACUGAUGAGGAGGCUGUAGAUACAACUGAUUUCAACCAUGAGUGUAAUUCAGACUGAAAUGAUCCCUUUACUUUUUUAAUGAAUGAUUCAAAUCAGAUAUGCAUCAGCCUCAUUUCUCUCCCUCUUAACAAGUCCCAAUCCUCUGAUAACUAACUCCAAAAUGACAAAAAUACAUUAUUAUUAAUGUGUUUUCAUAGGGGGGGGGUUGCUGUUGUAUGAUUAGUUGCAGUGACAAAGAGAAUCCUGCAGGUGGUGCUAAAAGCCUGCUCUGAAUUUGAAUGUUUCUCAGUUAUUACAUUUAUGUAUUAAUGGACAAAAUGUGUUAAUGCAGUGAGUUUGUUUUCAAACAGUGGUAUAAAUAGGAUUUUUAGCAGCUUGAAGAAUCACAGAUACAUCAGUUAUUUAACUGCUUCAUAUCAGCAAAACCUUUACAAUUAAGUGCUCAAUGUGUGAUUAACAUCUCUACAUGUGCUGCUGUGUUAGUGAUGUCCACUGAUAUAAAUGACCCCACUGCCCUGACUCA